GCGAGGGAGUGGGGCAGCACGAAGAUAGCGCUGGAUUUCUGCAAGCUAUUUGGCCAUUAUUUUCACAAAAACUAUAAGCGUCUGUCUCAUCUACAACUGCAAUGGAAUACAUUCGUCCGGUUAAUUAAACGCCUUCGAAUCGGGCCUGUUUUUUGUUGUUGUUGCGCUGCACAAAGCAAUGUGGAGUAAAUAAAUAUCCUGAUACGCUGAAACCAGAGAAUAUAGAUGAUGGGCUGUGUGCAAUGCAAGGAUAAAGAAGCAACGAAACUCACGGACGACCGAGACAACAGCAUCUCCCAGAGUGCCGCGGGCUACCGCUAUGGCGCCGACCCCACGCCACAGCACCAGCACUACCCCAGCUUCGGGGUCACCGCCAUCCCAAACUUCAACAACUUCCAGGCACCCGUUGGCCAGGGGAUAACGGUUUUCGGGGGGGUCCACACCUCCUCCCACACAGGGACCCUCCGCACCCGUGGCGGAACAGGAGUCACCCUCUUCGUGGCACUUUACGACUACGAGGCCCGAACAGAGGACGACCUCAGCUUCAGGAAAGGGGAGAAGUUUCAGAUCAUCAACAGCACUGAAGGGGACUGGUGGGAUGCUCGUUCCCUCACCACCGGUGGAAAUGGCUACAUUCCCAGUAAUUACGUGGCUCCAGUGGACUCCAUCCAGGCUGAGGACUGGUACUUUGGGAAACUGGGCCGGAAGGAUGCAGAGAGGCAACUUCUGUUCACUGGCAAUCCCCGCGGCACCUAUCUCAUCAGGGAGAGUGAAACCACUAAAGGUGCCUUCUCCCUGUCCAUACGAGACUGGGAUGACGUGAAGGGGGACCACGUGAAGCAUUAUAAGAUCCGUAAACUGGACAGUGGCGGUUACUACAUCACCACCAGGGCUCAGUUUGAGACCCUGCAGCAGCUGGUACAGCACUACUCAGAGCGGGCCGCGGGGCUGUGCUGUCGCUUGGUGGUGCCCUGCCACAAAGGGAUGCCCCGCCUCACCGACCUGUCCGUCAAAACCAAAGACGUGUGGGAGAUCCCCCGGGAGUCACUGCAGCUCAUCAAGCGUCUGGGGAAUGGGCAGUUUGGGGAGGUCUGGAUGGGAACGUGGAACGGCACCACUAAGGUGGCGGUGAAGACGCUGAAGCCGGGCACCAUGUCUCCUGAGUCCUUCCUGGAAGAAGCCCAGAUCAUGAAGAAGCUCCGGCAUGACAAGCUGGUGCAGCUCUACGCUGUGGUGUCUGAGGAACCCAUCUACAUCGUCACUGAGUACAUGGGCAAAGGAAGCCUUCUGGAUUUCCUGAAGGACGGGGAGGGACGAGGACUGAAACUGCCCAAUCUGGUUGACAUGGCAGCCCAGGUGGCAGCAGGCAUGGCGUACAUCGAGAGGAUGAACUACAUCCACAGAGACCUGCGCUCGGCUAACAUCCUGGUCGGGGACAACCUGGUAUGUAAGAUCGCCGACUUCGGACUGGCCAGGCUGAUUGAGGACAACGAGUACACAGCACGGCAAGGUGCUAAGUUCCCGAUUAAGUGGACGGCCCCGGAGGCUGCGCUGUACGGAAAGUUCACCAUCAAGUCCGACGUGUGGUCGUUUGGCAUCCUGCUCACAGAGCUGGUCACCAAGGGACGUGUACCCUACCCAGGGAUGAACAACCGGGAGGUGCUGGAGCAAGUGGAGCGAGGCUACAGGAUGCCCUGUCCACAGGACUGCCCCAUCUCCCUCCACGAGCUCAUGGUGCAGUGCUGGAAGAAGGACGCCGAGGAGAGGCCCACCUUCGAGUACCUGCAGGCCUUCCUGGAGGACUACUUCACGGCCACGGAGCCGCAGUACCAGCCAGGGGACAACCUCUAAACACAGAGCUCUGGGCUGGGACUGGACUGAACCGUAGUUCUCUGGAGCCACACCAGGGACCUGUACAUCUUCCUCAGCUCAACAGAGCAUCUUGUCUCAACUCUCCUCCAGCUCACAACACUCUCAAACACUCUCCGUGGCAAACCUUGAGACAGACUCAACAGACCAGAGAUACCAGUUAGGAGGGAGGGAGGGAGGUUUGGGGGUGGUUGGGCUAGUUAUGAUGUAAUGAAAUGCCUGUAUUCAAUGUAAAUAUGAACAGCUAGUCUGCUUAACUUUUGGUUUAUGUUUUGGUGGUUUGUUUGCUUCUGAUGGCAUUUUGACUGAUUUUCUCCAUGAUGAUGAUGAUGAUGAUGGUAAAGAAAAUGGUCAAUGAAGAUGAUAAUUUCAAAAGUGCACCAUGAGACCAUGAUAUCUUGUCACUUCUAAUCCUGAAUAUACAGGACAUGUCUAUCAAAGCUAAUAUUUUUUAUUAUUAUUUUGGGGGCAAUUUAAUGAACACCAUUAAUUAUUUAUUUCAUUUUUGCGGUUUUGCUCAUGUAUAAUAAUAAAUAAGAACACCAGUCCUGAGUGUAUCGCCUCAGUGUAUAAAUAAUUUUGGGGGCAAAGUCAUCUGUUUUACAGGGACUUGAGGCAAGCAUGACAAAAUACUCCGUAGAGAUUUCUUUUGCACCUCAUGAAUUUAGUUUGAGAUGAUUUUGCUUUUAUUUUGUUCAUCCUUGUAAAAUAGUUUUGUCCUCCUCAAAGUAAUAGAUGUUAGGCUAAUGCCGUAACAAAGUUAUUUUACAAAUAAUGUAUGUUACAUUUUGUAAUUACAGCCAAAUGUGUGCGAAUUAUACUUUUGAACAUAUCUCUUCUCGCUUACCAGGUUUUAAGAAAAAUAAAUAAUGGGGGAUAAAAUUGGUCUUUCCAGGUAUUAUUUAGUGUAUACUGGAAGGACAUGGUGUUUAUUUAAGAAGAGAAAGAUGUUCAUCUCUGCUUUUAAUGGUCUUAUUUUAACUUGUAUACGGAGUUCCAUUUUAACAGCCAUUCCAAGGCAUCUAUCUCAUGGUCCUUGUUUCCUCCAUGCUGUGAAGCCAUGCACUGGGAAGUCUUAGUGGGUAACGUCUCUUCCUCCCUCUGUGAACAGUGACAUGUCCCCAUCCACCUGCUCCUGAAACUCAUGUCCCACACUGUCUGUCGGUCUGUCUGUCUGUCUGUCUGCCUGUCUAUGCAGCACAGCACCACCAGUAGGAUCCUUCCUCAGCUCAUUUAUGGACCAUUUCCUUUGGAGACGUUACCCACUAAGACUUCCUUUGGAUUACUUUACCUUUUUAUGUUUAAACUGACGUGGAUAUCUGAAGUCUUGCGUCUCCUGUUUCAGAGUAUGUUUUAUUUAACCUUAAAUGGAGAGAUCUUUGAGGAAUGGGGUGCAUUGUAUCUUCAGGGGGAACGUUGCAAAGACACUGGUGAAGCAGCCGGCUGUAAAGUUUGACCUUGUUUAAUCUAAAUGUAGUAUUUGUUCUUAUCUUACGAUAGUUUAAGUGCUAAUAAGGAUCUGUUUAAGAUUGAGCCCCCUCGUCGGUUUUACAGCUUAACAGUUUUAAAAGUGUCAGUAGCCUUCCUAGUUUAAUUCUUCGAUUUUUCCGUUAACAUUUUCUGUUUUGUUAAUUCAGUGAUUUGGCAUUUGAAACUCAAAAAGAACAAUAAACAUUUUACACUCUU